AGACUUGCUCAAUCCGUAAGCUCCGCCCCUUAUGUUCUCAGCUCCCUCCAGCAAACGGACUGUCAACUCGCCGCGCAACUUUACUCAAUCACUGGAUUUAACAUCACUUUUGGAGUACAAAAACUUACUUUUACGGCGUGAAACGUUAUCGGACCUGCUUUGGAGGAGAUGGAGAUUUAGUAGGGGUGAUUGUCGUUGUAACGAGUAAGAUUUGGGUCAUAUUUAGUGUUUGAUGGCUGCUGGGGAUGGAGCCCAGCUGCCGGCGACCGUAGCGGCCAGCAGGAGCGUGGAGAAGGCGCUGGAAGAGGCUGCGUCCAGCGGAGCGCUCAUCCUGUCCAACCGUAAACUAAAAGAGUUCCCCCGCACCGCCAAGAACUAUGACCUGUCCGACAUUACACACGCAGACCUGUCAAAGAACCGGCUCUGUGAGGUGCCAGAGGAGGUGUGUCAGUUUGUUUCUCUGGAGACGCUCAGCCUGUACCACAACUGUGUGCGAUCGCUCACGCCCAGCCUGUGCCAGCUACAAGCCCUCACCUACCUCAACCUCAGUCGUAACCAGCUGUCAAGUCUACCGCCGUCAGUAUGUCAGCUCCCUCUGCUGCGGGUGCUCAUCGUCAGCAACAACAAGUUAUCGGUCCUACCGGCCUCUAUACACACACUCACACACCUUCGACAACUGGAUGUGAGCUGUAAUGAGCUUCAGUCACUUCCUGUUGAGCUCGGCCAGUUAGAAUGUUUAAGAGAUUUAAAUCUGAGAAGAAACCAUCUUACAACUUUACCAGAAGAGUUGUCAGAAUUGCCCCUCGUCCGUUUGGAUGUGUCGUGCAACCGCAUAUCCCACGUGCCUGUGUGCUACCGACAUCUGCGGCACCUCCAAAGCAUCAUCCUUGACAACAACCCCCUCCAGAUGCCCCCUGCCCAAAUAUGUUCCAAAGGAAAGUUUCACAUCUUUAAAUAUCUGAACAUGGAGGCCUGCAAAAGGACUCAGGACCAGUUUGAGAAAGCUCUGCGGCCCACCGCCUUCAACAGCUGUCUGGAUCAGGACCUGUUCCCGGGUCAGUAUGGUGGCCUGGAUUCUGGCUUUAACAGCGUGGACAGCGGCAGCAAAAGAUGGUCAGGAAAUGAGUCUGCUGAUGAUUUCUCGGAACGGUCAUUGCGAUUGGCUGACAUUUCCCGCGAACACACAAAUUUUCAAGAGGAAGAGGAGAGAGAUAUGUUACUAGAUACACCCAAAGUGAAUGGAGAGCUGGAGCAAGUGGAUUUCAUAGACAACAGCGUAAUGGAGGAAGAGGACAGGUGUCACCCUCCACUUACAGAGCCCCCUCAGGAAAAGAGUGAUAGUACCAGCAGCACACCCUCCCAUAGCCCUGAAUCUACAGGCAGCAGGAUAUUUGUGAUUGGAGAUGGUUCAGACUCCGGCUCACCAUCCAGUCCCACUCUAGAGGAGAGAAGGAGACCUGGAAACCUGCUCAUCUGGCAGGAAAGAGAAAGAGCCCAGCAGCAGAGAGCCAGGGCCAGCACUUUGCAGAAGAUAACUGUAAAAACAGGAAGUAACUUGGCGACGACGACAAAGCACGGAGGAACAGGAAGCAUUUCAAGUGGUGAUUCAGAUAGCAGCUCUCCACCCAAUGGCCCGAAACAGAGAUGUGCAAGUGUAGAUCAGGUUUCUCCGUCCACUCAAACAGUGUCUUUACAGCGCUCCAUCAGUCGCACAGAUGCAUCCUGCGUGAAGCCUGGUUCUCCUACAAGUUCUGCUCCCAAACCCAACAGCUUCUUGUUCCGCACAUCCUCACGCUGCAACGUCAAAACUGGAUCAGGAAACAGUUUGGCAGAGUCUGGACGCAGUGAAUCACGUGCCACACUCAGAUCCCCACGAGAGGAGAGGACAGACGUUUUGCAACUGCGUAAAACUCUGGAGACGCGUCUGAAGAUCUCUCUCCCUGAGGAUCUGGGAGAGGCGUUGUCCAAUGGCACAAUUCUCUGCCAAUUGGCCAAUCACGUGCGACCACGUUCUGUGUCAAUCAUCCACAUCCCCUCACCGGCAGUGCCAAAGCUGAGUGCUGCCAAGUGCCGCCUCAAUGUUGAAAACUUCAUUGCUGCAUGUCGUAGACUUGGAGUCCCUGAGAUGGAGUUGUGUUUAGCGUCUGAUAUCCUGUGCAGUAAGCUACCUGCAGUGCACCGCUGUGCGACGGCGCUCCUGGCAAUAGCAGGCGGAGAGGAGGAGGAGGUGAACGAGGACAAGAACAGCACCUCUGUCUCUCCUUCCUCCCCUUUUUCCACCGGCUUCCUGCUCUUCUACUCUCUCCUCAUGGCUUUGCUCUAUAUGUUAUACUGCCAGCUUAUAGCAUAGUGCGAGUGAGCAUCAAUGUGUAAAUGUAAUGGAUACAUCACCUCUGUACUGUGUACACACAUUGUUGACAAAACCUGUAUAUAUAUAUAUAUAAAAUUCCCUACCCAUAAUGCCUUUGAGCUUACACAUUAAAGCUCCCCACAGAUAUUUUAAAAGGAUUGGAAACAUAUAUGAGAACCAAUGCUGACAUAUUGACAUAUAUUGCAAAUUAUCAAAGGUCUUGAUCGAAUAUAUACACAUUUUUCCACAUCAAAAAGUUAUAAACAACUCAUCAAUGGUCACAUACUCCUCUUUUUUUUGUUGUUGUUGAGGAUGUAGACGUGGUUUCCACUCAUGAAGGGCUUUUCCACCUGAUUGCCUUAGCAUUGCUGUUGAUCCCAGGAUAGAUUAUACACCUUCUUGAGGGAAAGACUGUCUUUGUUGGGAUCUUGUUUAAAGCACUGGCACAAACUCCCCAUCCCCUUUUUUCCCUCUUGAAGGGCUUUAAAAUGGCUUGUAUUUGCUUUGCAUGCUCAUCAUCAAAGUGCCUCAGAAGCUUGUAGGCUCCUUCUGCUCACACAGCAGUGCAAAUUAGUUUGUAGCAUUUGGUAAAUGUGUUAACGGUGUGGUGAUGGUACUUCUCAGCUGACUUUGGCUUAAUUCACACGUUGUAGAUAUCUGUUAGGGUCGGGACUUGCGUGGACUAUUUCACUUUCCUUCUCUUUCGCUCUUGCCUUGUUGACUGUGACCACCAGAGAGCAGUGCUGUUACUAAACUGUUCCUUCAACAUAUUUUUGACGGUACUAAUAUGAUUCAAAGCUGUGUUUUGUUUUUUGAAUGUUCGUUUUGGUUUUCUUGAGAGCAUCUUAAUAUAAUUAUUGUAUGCAAACUGUUCACAAUUAAGUUAUUGUUUCAGUUUAUUUAUGUUUUUCUGUACGUUCUGCUGAAGCCGCAUGUGGUGGAAACCCAGUCUCAUUGAGCACAUUACUUAAAUUUGACUGAUUAAAUUGAACCGAUUAAUUGAGUAAUAUGCUUAUGACAGCUCCCACGAUCAUAUUGAGCUGGAAAAAAACGGUAGACUUUGGGUAUAUUAAUAUCUUUUUAAACAUAUGUGUGUUUGUUGCUGCUCACGGAUAAGCGGACAUUACCAAAUUACAAAUUACGCUAUUUUUUUUUUUUUUUUAAUUGAAGAUGAAAUGGUUGUGAGCCUCUUCAGCUGUCGUUUCCUGAUUCUAAAUGUGGCCGUAGUGGUUUUGUAGUCCUGUAAUGUGCCAUGAGCACCCAUCUUCCGCGGUGCUGUAUGCUGAUGUUGCUUUUGUAUUCCGUGCCUACUUAAUGUGAUUUAGGAGCUUUGCCGACAGUUUACUAACGAGCAGCCUCUCAUCUGCAGAGAACGAUAAGAGGAGAGAAUGGUGAGUGUGUGUGUGUGAGAGAGAGAGAGACUGGGAAACAAGGGUAGGUGAAGGGAUGUGCUGUGGAACUAGUUACCAACAUACAAUCUCUCACCCUACAAUGUCUUAAACAUAUUUUAAGGGAGGUUGUUCAAACAUAUGUAAGUCAGUGGUUUUUUUUUUAACACUAUACAUUGUUGUCAAUGCUAAAGCUAAUCAUAAUAGACAUUUAAUUUAAAAUGAAUCCACUUUGAACACAUUUAGCUUAGAUGGACUUCCUCGCAGUUGCUCUAGAGGCUUCAGCCAUAUAAAAUAAGGAUUGUUAUAUGCUACAUGUUGAAGGCUUUUACAGAAGAUGACUGAUAACUCUACCGUCCUUCUUAUACAUACGCUAGACUCAGUUUAGAGGGCACUAGAUCUAAACGAAUGUUUCCGUCCAAAUGUUUCCUAGUUAAAACUGUUGCAACACAUGAAAUGUAUUUUGUUAUAUUUAUAAAAUACUGUGUAUUUAAGAAGUUAAGUUUAUAUUGAUAUAAAGGUUUUUUUUUUCUUCUUUUUUUGUCUGUAAAGAAAUUAUUAAAAAAAGGAAACACUGA